AUGGCGUCGAAAGAGAUGUACUUCGCCUUUGGAUCAAACUUGAACCCAGAAAGGAUGAAACAACGCAAAGCCUUCUUUACCGCCCGAGUAGGAGCGAAACUUCUUGAUCACAAGUUCAGCUUUUCGUUCAAAAGACCUGAUGGAACUGGUGCGGGAAAUAUUAGACCACAAAAAAGCUCCGUUGUUUAUGGAGCGUUGUAUACCCUCGAAGAAGGUGGCUUAGACAAACUAGAUGUGUUUGAAUGGGUAGAUAGAGGAUGUUAUCGUCGCCAGAACGUCACGGUGGAGACUUUGGACGGAAAAAGAGUUGAAGCGACGACCUAUGUUGUCACCGAAGAUUUUUAUGAAGAGGGAUUACUCCCUCGAAGAGAUUAUUUAAAUCAUUGUCUGGCAUGCAAAGAUGUUGUACCGACCGAAUAUUAUGCCUUUCUUGAAUCGUUCAAGGAAAUCUGUCACGAUUAGACAAGAGCGCAUAAGCAAGGGGGAAAUUCGUGGCUUCCUUUGUUUGUCCCAUGUUAUAGACACCGUUUCCAUUAAGCUUACAAAUAAUUUAAGAAGUACUAGUUACUCAUAGUUAUUUAUUUAUCUCCUUUUGAAUUAAUGUUGUGCUAAGAAUUCUAAAAUGAACUCCAUAGUUGGAUUCUUCAUCACUUAAAUUUACACACAGUAUUUUUCCAAGCAUGUUCAAAGUUUUAUUCAGUAAUUUGAGUUUACUGUCCUUGCGUCUUACGUGUUGUAAUUAGUAAAGUUGUCGAAACACAGUGGACAACCGUGCUUUACUCCUUAAGCCUGGCCUUCGGUAGUGAUGCAAGCCAAAGUAUUGGCACAAACACAGUGUAGACAUCCUUAUCCAGGGUUCUCAAUAGAUUUUUAAGUAGGAGGUGAUCACUGAUAAAGUAGGAGGCUCUUCAGCAAAGCCAGAGGUGUCAAAACAAAGCAAAGAAAAGCGACUUAAACACAAAGUAAGCGGCUAUAAAUCCCAAAGUAAGCGGCGAUCAAUCGCCGGGUGCCGCCUUCUAUUGAGAACCCUGUUAUCCCCCAUGAAACUGUAAACAUGUAGGCACAAUCAAAAUUUUUCUGCAUUUACAUCUGGGCUGCAUAUACUUGUGUUGGCUUGCAUUUGGUUGCAUUGACUUGCACAUGCACUUGCAAUCAGUUCAAAAUGCUUUCUUUGUAGUGUAAAAACCGGGAGGGCUCACCGUAAAGGCCUAUUGCAUUUAACAUCAGUGCCAAAAAAAAAAUUCUUCAGAUAAGCCAUAAAAAUUGAGGAUUUCUAUAGGUGUAGACUGAAAAAAAAUAUGGAAUUCUUUGAGGGUUAAGCUUUGUUUCACCAAAUUCUUCAGGAGUAGACCCAUAUUCUUUAGAGGGUAGACCCAUUUUUUAUGAUGUCAUAGAGGGUGAAUAGAACUUGAAUAGAACAGUUGUUCGAAGGCCGAUUAGCGCUUAACGCAGGUUUCUCUUUCUUGUGUUCAAAAGCAUUUUCUCGGAUAAUUUUCUCUCUUAUAUUUAGAGCUUUCAAUCAUCAAGUUGUAGACAAAAAGAAUUAAAACUGAAAUGCUUUUUAAGCUUUCAAAUCUGAAUUCAAAUCUCCUACUAACCCUAGGUUGUCUUAACCCGGCUUUUAACAACUCGGCCCAGGGGUAAGAGAAGAUAAGCCCUCAACCUGGGGGUUGGGAGUAAGAUGUUAAAUGCAAUAGCGCAUUUUUAUGAAACUCCUGGUAAUUGUGGUGAAAAUUUAAAAGAAAAGUUUCAUUGCCAUGGAAAUUUUUUGGCGAAAAAGGAAAUGCUUUCCUUAGUACAUUUAAACCUCCUGUUGGUGAUGUGAAGACUUAGUGGUCACUUACAUGACAGUGGUUGUGGUUUACAAGAAAUUAACCACAGGUGGUCUCUUCCAGGAAGAGGUCUGGGCACAUUGUACUUAACGGAAGAUGAUAUAAUGCAUGCAAAUUCUAAACUGUACGUGUGUAGUUCCAUGUUGUCGCUAAAAGUUCUUAUGCUAUAAGUACAAUGGAACAUAUAGCGGACAUAGAGAUCAGACCAUGUGUUAUCCGGUCGCUUACAAGAGGUUAAAAACAAUAGAGAAUCAUUGCCCCAAAAUGUGGUCACAGUCACUUGCAAGAGGUUGUGGUAUACAACUGCAAUAAUACAUGGCAGGGCAGGGGGACUGUAGCCCCCCAAACAAAAAUUCGGGAGGCAGAGCCCCUCCCCCCCACACACACACACAUUUUGGUGCCGAAAAACAACCACAGAUGAAUUUCACAUUGAUGAGUUUUACCUGUGUCAUGGACAACUCCAGGGCUUUUCUGCCCUAAGAUGACUCGAGAACUGCCUAAGAAGUACUGAUGAAGCAGGUCUGCCUAAUCAAGCUUGGAACAACUGCCUAUGGAUGCAUUGUCACAAAUCGAUUACAGAUGCACUGGACACUGCAUGUAAAGAUUGGAGAGGGGUUUGCUUGUGCCAACUAAAAAUGCUUAAGGUAUUUUGGAAAAUUUGAGGAGGGAUAUGCACAUGGUGGAAGGUGAGGCCCCAGCGUUUCAAAAGUGUCCCUUUCCCAUGUCUAGAGGUGUCCCUUCAAUAGAGGAAACAGACACUGGACAAAGAUUAAGUGAACAUUUUUCCAGGACCAAAUUUUGUGUCCCCUGAAUGGAGAUGUCCCUUAAAAUAAUAGAGGUGUCCCAAAGGAGAGGUUCCACUGUAAUGACAUAUAGUGCACAAGAAAAAUUCUAGGAAGUCCAAUGCUCUGAUCUUGUGAAAUCAAGGAAGCCCAUCAUAUGAUUUUUAUGUAAAAACUGAGGUUUCACAGUUGACCACAAGCAAAAGUAAGGGGCAAGGGCCACCAGAUUAGCCUCCCAUGCAGGCGUUUUUAGGGAGCUUGUAUUUCUUCCCUCCCCACACCUGCUCAACAGAAAACAACAUCCCUUUCCCAAGCUUAGCCAAUCACAUUGUACUUUCCAAAUUCUGGAAAGUUGACCAUGACCGCAGGGUAACCUGCACAUCCCACAGGUUGGGAUAGGUCACCGUGCUAUUGACAGCUAGCUAGCCAAUUACCAAUGAAAUAGUUCUUCUAUGAAAACAACAUUUAGUUAGGGAUUAAGGCCAGGAGAUGCUUCUAGUCCCAUUUAUUUUUUACCUGUAUUCUGGCCUGUGGAAUGUGACCUGUAAACAGACCGUCUUACCUAGGGGAUGCUCCCUGUGAUGGCCCUUGUUGGAAGGCUCCGCCCAAAAGGGGUACCUACCUCAUGCUACCUGGUAUUUCGAGCUUCAACUGUAAAAAAGAAUAGGGAUUUCUUGAGUUAAAUGUGCAUGAAAGGGUAAGGAAAUUUGUAAACUGUCUUUAAAAGGGCCUUUAACUUAAAUUUAUUGAACCGACGCACCUUAUGGCUUCAUCAAUUUAAUUUGCUUAAGGCAACAUAAAAUGACCAGAAGACUUACUGUAAAAGGCAUGUGAAAGGAGCAUUAUUUAUCAUAGCAGGUAUAUCAAAGGGGUACCUUUUCUGUCAAUGAUGGUAUAUAACAGUAUAAGGAGUUCGACCUUGGGGUGGAUACCCUCAGAAUAAAUGUUGGUAAGUAGCCCUUCCCUCCUCCCUUCGGCGUUCUUAGCGCUUUGUCCAGUACGUUAGUUCAGUAUAGAACGUCGUGGGGAGAAUGUGAGAAGGGAAGUCACUGGGAAGUGGAUGCCUCCUCUCCUUUUCUCCUCUCGUGGGGUGGCUUGUUGUUCUUGGAAUUCCCCCCACCCCCUCCGAAGAAAGAAACUGAUAGAGAACUAGUUCCCACCCUUCCUCCUGUCAUUCAGCCAUGAAGUAGAGAGACUCGAUCCACUAUCUCAUCGCGUGUAAGGCUAACGCUUGAGUGUUUGUUGAAAGGGUCGAAUUUUACGAAAAAAUCCCUGUAGAGUCAUGGAAGCCAAAGAGGUGUACUUCGCCUAUGGAUCAAACAUGGACCCGGAAACAAUGCGACAACGCAAAGUUUCCUUUGCUGCUCGAGUCGGAGCAAAACUUCUCGAUCACAAGUUUAGCUUUUCGUCGAGACGACCUGAUGGAAGUGGUGCGGGAAAUAUUAGACCGAAAUUAAGCUCUGUUGUUUAUGGAGCGUUGUAUACCCUCGAAGAAGGGGGCCUAGACAAACUAGAUGUGUUUCAAUUGGUGAAAGAAGGCUGUUUUCGGCGCCAGAAUGUCACAGUGGAGACUCUGGAUGGACAAACAGUUGAAGCGGCGACCUAUGUUGUCACGGAGAGUUUUUAUCAAGAGGGAUUACUCCCUCGAAGAGACUAUUUGAAUCAUUGUCUGACGUGCAAAGAUGUUGUGCCGGCCGAUUAUUAUGCUUUUUUUGAAUCUUUCAAGGAAAUCUGUCAAGACUAG